UAUUGAAUGUCGAUACAUCCGUCACGGACUUGAAUACCGUUUGCUUUUCCCGAUCAACAAAGUCCCAUUUUUUGACCCACGUACUGAUCACGCGGCUGGACUACAGGACUCGUAUCCCCGACCUUAGCCAAGAAGCGUUUCACUCUAGCACCUCCUAGUUUCCCGUGAGAAUACAAUAGCAGUAGCAGUAGCACUACAGCAGCAGCAGCGGCGGCAGCAGUACAGCAGGUAGCGUCUAAUGACCAUGGAUUCAAGAACCACGACGACGACGUUGUGCAUCUUCUUCGUCUCCCUAGCACUCUUGUCAAGUUCGCCGGCGAUGAGCGACGACGGUACUACUCCAACAGUGUACCAAGUGUUGCAAGAGUACGGGUUCCCUGUGGGUAUUCUACCGGAGGGGGUGACUAGCUAUGAACUGGACAGGAGCACCGGCAAGUUUACCGUCUACUUGGACGAGACUUGCAGCUUCACCAUAGAUGGCUACAAUAUCAGGUACAAGUCAAAAGUAACGGGGGUCAUAUCCUAUCAACGUCUCACGGACUUGAGCGGUGUCCAAGUCAAGGUCCUCUUCUUUUGGCUGAGCAUUGGAGAGGUGACCCUGGACGGAGACGAGCUGGACUUCUCCGUUGGGAUCGCUUCUGCUGAUUUUCAUGUGGACAACUUUUAUGAGAGUCCCCAGUGUGGCUGUGGAUUUGACUGCGUCAACGCCGUUGGGGACGGAAUCGGAAUGUACGGAAGCGGCUCCAAGUUUAAUUGGAGGCGCCUUUUCUAUCCUUCUUGAACAGCACCGGUGAGCUUCCGCUUAAAAAUUAUGUACCGUAUUAGCUGUAACCUGGAGGUGAUGGUUCUCUUUUUAAUGCUGAAGGAUCAUCCAGAAAUAAGGGGCACUGUUUUCAGAUUUCCCAUUUCGUAGACUUAUCCAUUUUAUGCGCUUUAUUCUGCAAAAUACGAAUCUAUGUAGCUGUGUACUUGUAUGUUCGUUGAAGAAAUCCUGCACCCAAUCAUAUUUAUUUUGGAGUUUCCGAUUCUUCAUUUUGUCCUUGUAAAGGAAAGGUCCGGAUUGGUUA